AUGUUGUCGGCUCCCGUUAAAUCGGCGAAGCGCAUCUCGUCUCUCUUCUCCUUGGGGAGUCACAAGGACCAUAAUUCCCCCGCUGGUUCACCAGGAUCUCCAGCUUCCAACCCAGCAGAUGGCUCAAAUGACCGCCGACGACGCAGUAGCUCUCGGCCAACUCGCCAUGUCUCGACUCCCAAUGCGGCUUUCUCUUCCGAGCCACGAACAAUCCCCAAUGCGCCCCUGGAUUUCGACUUGGAGAGCUUGCCUCCCCCGCCUUCUUUACUCGCCGUGAAUUCCGAUCUUGCGAGCAGUGCACCCAGCUCUCCCACAUCCGGCCGUCCUCAGAGCAGGGGUCGGGAAAUGAGUCGACCCGCCAGUGCGGUGGGCUUGGCUAUUCCCGGUGCCACACCAGACUCCCGCCCGAGCACGCCAUCAAAACGUAGGAGUUGGAUGCCUGGAAUGGGGGCUCGGUCGCGAGCCGGUUCGAUAGAUAAGCGGCCAGUGGCUCCUUCGACGCCGAGUGCUUGGAUCGCGGGGUUGGAUCAGAAGGUGCCAUAUGAUCUUGGUCCAUUGGCAAGGGGAGAACAGGUCCCUGAAUUGUGGAAUGAACAAGGCGAUACCUUUGUCUACUUGUUCCCUCAGAAUACCGGUCGUUCACCGUCAUUCAAGGUCGACUCUACGAUCUUUGCCGAAUCUCCUUCUCUCACUUACCUCGCCCGCGGUACCGAUGCCAAAACAGGCCUAGAGCAGCCUACCCGCACGCUCUCUCUUAUGAACCCGAUCUCUCCGCCAUUGACCCCGCAGGACCGGUUAGCAGACAAUGACAAUGAUAGCUCAGGCAGCCAACGGAUGGCAUUUGAUGAUAGCCCGGACGAUGUGCAGGAACUGCAUCUAUACCUGCCCAUCCCCCUCAACAGUGACGUGUCGAACCCGCAAUGUCGACUGAGCCAGGAGGAUACUGAGACUCUGCUCCUUUUCCGAAACCUCUUCGCUUUCCUACUGGGCCAGUCCCUCAUUGCAAGCCCGAAAUCUGGGUCUCUAUUCAGCAUUUUCAUGGAUGUUGCGGUUCUCCUCGCUCGAUUUGAGUUCACCAACCUGGACGGUUCCAAUUUCGGUGAAACUGCCACAUCCAGCUUCAGCAACUACUGCGACGAGUUACGCCUGGGAGAUGUUCGAAAGAGUAGGGAGAAGACAAUUGAGGCCAUCGUGCUCGGUGAGCGUCUUCGUUACUUCCCCCUCUACGUGGAAGGUUUCACGCACGGUGUCGGCAAGCUCGAUGAGAUCAAGCAACUUCGAAGCCCGAAGUUCACUUUCAUCCACCCCAUCACUCAGAAGCGCCUUGAGCGUGGCUUUAUCGACCUGGACACUCGUUUGCGUGGCUUGUACGCUAAGCUGGAGGACUUCGAUUUCCCAUCCGUUUUCUCCGGUAUUGCCAACUCGACAACCUCCGUCGAAAGCAAAUUGCUUCGCUUCAAGAAUUGGAAGUCUGGCUUCCUCGAAUUCCGUCGCUUCACUCUGCAGUUCUACCGACAGAAAUACGGCAGCUGGCCACCCAAGGCUCGCUCCAAGAAGAACGAGUUCGAAGAGAGUGGAUUGAACCGCCAACUUCUCCUGGAUCUCUACCAUGAUUUCACUGACCUUUACGAUCUCUUGGUUGACCGCACUUCGCUUACAACCCGCACCAUCGACGCGUCUGGCUCGGGCGGCGACAACACAUCCACAGACAUCAAGGACGUCACGAUUCGUGCGCUCCGACAAUUGCUCAGCGAGUACGACCGUAGUACUCCUCCCGUGACGCCCCCAAUCCCCUUCGAUAUUCCUCAGAUCCCCUCUUUGCAGGUCCUCCACCGAAAACCCUUGGAACCCAAGAAGGAGGGCAAAUUGCGAAGCAAGAAGUUGAAGAACGCCGACAUCAAUGCCGUUUUGAUGGACUCUUAUACUCGCGAAAGCAUGCGUCCUACCACAUUUAUUGAAAGCUUUAUGCAAUUCGAGCGCCGUUGUGCCGCUGGCAAGACCCUUGAGGACAUCACUGAUCUGCGCUGCGGUCAAUGGAUCUUCCUCUACGCUGUCCUUCAGUCUCUGCCCAUGCUGGUUGUUGAUGUUCCCGAUGUUAGAUUCACUGAAGGUGUUGAGUACUUCCUCUGUGUUGCUCCUCGUGGUGGCGCCCCUUGGAUCCAGCAUGAUACCAAGACUGCACGCAGCUGGUUUGGUGUUGCCGGUGGCGCGGGUGUGGUUAGUCUCCCCUCUGAUGUGGUCAUCAACGGUGUGGAAGGUGUCUACCGCCGCAGUCACUGCUGGCAGUUGGCUGAACAGUGGGCUGAGGAUGGUGCCCUUAUCGAGCCCCCUAUGGGUGAGGAUACAUGGGACGAGAACGAGUCCUCAAUCUCUUCUCCUUACCCUGCUCAGCAGUCUUCUACUGGAUCCUCUUCCGAGCAGCAAGCCGGUAUGAUGCACAUGCCCAAUGGUGGCCUGACCCCACCGCCCCCUGCCAUUCCUCGUCAACGAUCCCCUGCUGCGGGUAUGCGAAACGAGUCCCAUCGCCACUCCAUCUACCCUGGACUGGAGGCCUUGCCAUUGCCAGCCGGCAUCGCCCCUAUCGAGCCCCCUGCUCGUCCUAUCAGUCGGUUUAACCCGAACAUGAGCUUUGAUGAUAUCCUUCGGGAAGUUCCUAAGAAGGAAAAGGGCAAGAAGCACUAA